AAGAUAUAUUUUUUUUUUAAAAAAUAAUAUUUGAGGGCCAGGUAAAAUGGCUCCUCGCGCGGCGUCCCCGGCGCUAUCGGAGAACGAGUUUGAUAUCACGAGCGCGCUUUUUCAAAAUGACAGCGAUUCCGAAGUCGAGAAGAAGUCUGUGACGAAGCGAAACACACCGGCCCAGAAUCUCGAUUUCCUUGGAGGAGAUGGCGGCGGCGACGACGACGACGAUGACGAUGACGAGGCGUUUAUUUCGCAGCAGCAGACGGCGGCGAACAGGAAGGCGGCGAACCUUAAGGGCCGUACGGUGAAAAAGGGCGGAGGUUUCCAGGCUAUGGGAUUGAACGCGAAUCUGUUGAAGGCGAUUACGAGGAAAGGGUUUUCCGUGCCGACUCCGAUCCAGCGCAAAACGAUCCCUGUGAUCAUGGACGAUCAGGAUGUGGUUGGAAUGGCCCGGACGGGUUCCGGAAAGACCGCUGCGUUUGUUAUCCCCAUGAUUGAGAAACUCAAGGCCCAUAGCACGAAGAUUGGAGCGCGCGGGCUUAUCUUGUCGCCGUCGCGAGAGUUGGCGCUGCAGACCUUGAAGGUGGUCAAGGAACUAGGCAAAGGCACGGAUCUCAAAUCGGUGCUUCUGGUUGGUGGUGAUAGUCUAGAGGAGCAGUUCGCUAUGAUGGCCGGUAACCCGGAUAUCGUGAUUGCGACGCCUGGACGUUUCCUGCAUUUGAAGGUCGAAAUGAGCUUGGAUUUGUCCAGUAUUCGCUAUGUUGUCUUUGACGAGGCCGACAGACUGUUUGAAAUGGGUUUCGCCGCUCAAUUGACCGAGAUUCUUCAUGGCCUUCCGUCAAGUAGACAAACUCUGCUUUUCUCCGCGACGCUCCCCAAGUCGCUGGUGGAAUUUGCGCGGGCCGGUUUACAGGAACCUACACUUAUUCGAUUGGAUACCGAGAGUAAAAUAUCCCCGGAUCUCCAGAAUGCCUUCUUCUCUGUGAAGACUGCGGAGAAGGAGGGUGCUUUGCUAUACAUACUGCACGAGGUUAUCAAAAUGCCUACAGGGCCGACAGAAGCUUCCCAGCGUCUGAAGGAGGAUGCCCACUCGAACGAGUCGAAGAGUUUCAAGAAGCGGAAACGAGCGGAAAUGGAUCGAGCCGUCAAUAUGAAAGAGUCUCCUACAAAGCAUUCAACCAUUAUUUUCACGGCCACCAAGCACCAUGUCGACUACAUAUACUCCCUUUUGCGCGAAGCUGGCUUUGCGGUAUCCUACGUCUACGGUUCCCUGGACCAGACUGCUCGUAAGAUUCAGGUCCAGAAUUUCAGGACGGGCAUUUCCAAUAUUCUGGUCGUGACGGACGUCGCAGCCAGAGGUAUCGAUAUUCCUAUUCUCGCAAAUGUGAUCAACUACGACUUCCCCUCCCAGGCCAAGAUCUUUGUUCACAGAGUUGGUCGAACCGCGCGUGCCGGCCGGACGGGCUGGAGUUACAGUCUUGUUCGCGACGCGGAUGCUCCGUACCUCCUUGACUUGCAGCUCUUCCUCGGAAGAAGACUCGUCCUCGGCCGCGAAUCCAGCGACCAGGUCAACUUCGCUGAGGAUGUGGUGGUCGGAAGCUUGCCACGGGACGGUCUCUCGCAGAACUGCGAGUGGGUAACCAAGGUCUUGGAUGACGAUACCGACAUUUCCACACAGCGAUCAGUCGCCUCAAAGGGAGAAAAGCUCUAUAUGCGCACGAGAAAUGCCGCCUCCCUUGAGAGUGCCAAGCGCUCAAAGGAGGUUGUAUCCUCCGAUAAUUGGACCACUAUCAACCCUCUCUUCCAAGAUGACGCAAGCCAGCUGGAAGCGGAGCGGGAAAAGAUGCUUGCCCGGAUUGGAGGUUAUCGGCCACAGGAGACGAUCUUUGAGGUGAACAACCGACGUGGAGGCAAGCAUGAGAAUGACGAAGCUCUUGACUCGAUCAAGAGAGUCCGAACCACUCUCGAUUCGAAGAAGAAGAAGAGGAAACUUGAGCAGUCUGAAUCACUCGAGGACGAUGACAACAACGAGGACGCUUUCCCUGACGACGACGAAGACAACACCGCCGCACAGGACGCCCUUGAGAACAUGUCCAUGGCAUCCGAGUCCGAUCUCGAGGUUACAUUCUCCUCCUACAACCAAUCCAACAAGGGCAAGAACAAGAAAGAUACGACCUCGUCCUUCCAGAACCCGGAUUACUUCAUGUCUUACACGCCUGCCAACACCUCGCUAGCCGAAGACAGGGCUUACGGUGUGCACUCGGGCACCAAUGUCAAUUUUACCCAAGCCUCGCGCGAUGCAGCGAUGGAUCUACAGACCGACGAAGGUGGACGCGGAUUCGCUGAGCCUCGCACGCUCAUGCGCUGGGACAAGCGACACAAGAAAUACGUGUCUCGCCAGAACGACGAGGACGGGUCCAAGGGGGCACGCCUUGUGCGCGGGGAGAGCGGCGCCAAAAUUGCGGCCAGUUUCCGGAGUGGACGGUUCGAUGCCUGGAAGAGAGGCAAGCGGCUGGGUCGCCUGCCUCGGGUGGGUGAGAUGGAGACCCCUGGAAUGGCGAAGGAACUUGGCUCCGCGAUGGGAGGCAAGCGGUUCCGACACCGUAAGGACCAGGCGCCUAAGAGGGCUGAUCCUCUCCGUGGCGACUACGAGAAGAUGAAGAAGAAGGUUGCGGCGGCGAACGAGAGAACAAUGACCAAGGUUGGGGGGGCAGCUCCAGGCGGCAGGAGCGAGCUGAGAAACACCGACGACAUCCGCAAGGCCCGCACGUUGAAGCAAAAGAGGAGAGAGAAGAACGCUCGGCCGGCUCGCAAGAGGUAGUAGCAGCUACAAGCUAAGCUUUUCUUAUACGAUACCGAAAUUCCUCCUAAA